AUGGCUCGUCCGCCAUCCAUGUUUCACGCUUUUCUGCGGCCUUCAAUCCUCCAAAUCCUCCGCGCGACGGGCUACCACAGCACGCGCCCUGCAGUGCUCGACACUCUGACAGACAUUGCAGCGCGAUACCUGACGCUUCUAUGCGAGAAGACGGCGAACAAUGCGACCAACAACCACGGCGAUGCGGGCGAUUACGAUAUAGUGGACGUCAGGAUGGCGCUGCAGGAGGUGGGGGCUCUGCUGCCGGAGAGAGCUGAGACGGAGCAGCUGUGGAAGGGAGAGGAGGAUGUGAGAGGAGUGGAGGAGUUUGUUGAAUGGUUUGCCGGGACGCGCAUGAAGGAGAUGAUGGAGAUGGGCAGCGGGGAUACUGAGUCUGACGCUACAGACUAUCUGGCAGCCCUCAAAAAGAAGCACAGCAAGACAGGCGACGACGCAAAGUGGCAAGGCACAAUCUUUGGCAAAUUCAACGACGGCAACGAGAUCCUCGUCGAAGGCGGGCCCAUCACCAGCAUCAGCGAAUGGAUAUCCAAGAGAGCGCCGGAGUCAGAUGCGCCCCACGAAACGACGGAGCAGAACGGAGACAACAAGCCCGAGGCCCCGGAGAUGAGAAGGUCCCCUAGUUCGGGUCUCAGCUCCGUAGGGGAUAGGCUGGACGACGAUGGCAUCGAGGGCAUGGAUCUUAGCUAG